AGAAAACCGCACAGUCCGAGGACAACUCCCAGCUUGGAAACUUCGGGGCGAGCAGGAAAAAGACAUUACGAGGCAUAUUUCUCGGAUAUAAAACAUUUUUCCAUUCAUCGGGACGUCAUACUAAUUAGAUUUUUUAUUUAUUUUUAUUAGUAUUCUUAUUUUGUUUUUUAACUGAUGGACGAUUUAGGAGUGUGUGAUACAUCCAACUACCCUCUCAGUCCCCGUAUUGUUAUGUUUGAUGCUCUUCUUGCUGAUCUGGAAAAUUCAGCCUUUCCUCUGGGUCGCUAUCCUGUUCUGCUCACCUCUGAACCUCCAGUGAAUUCUGAUCCUACAUCCAGUACUCAGGAACCUGUCCAGAAUCGGCCACUCCCUCCAGCAUACACCCCGCAACAAACUGUUUCUGCUGCGAUGAAGUCGAAUGGCUCUCAGAACUCCAACCAAGACAAACUUUACAGUACCGUAUGUAAACCACGCUUCCCACGUACGGCCGACCCUCCUCCUGCUUUCUCCUCCUCCUCAGUUCUGGGAGGAGGGCUGAGUGAACUUGAUCACUUACUACAGGAGCUUAAUGCCACACAGUUCAACAUCACAGAUGAGAUUUUGGCUCAAUUCCCCAGCACCAAAAAAGAUGAUAAGUCUUCAAAGUCUGGUCCAUCCUCUACUAGCUCAGCGAAACCCUCGGCUACAUCUGCUACUUUAGAGCUGGACAAACUAAUGGCAUCUCUGUCAGACUUCAGAGUCCAAAGCACACCAGCAGCACCUGUGAGUCCUGUGGCAUCUUCACCACAGCAAACAGCUUCUCCAGUCCCUGCAUCUUCUGGAGGCUCACUGGACAGCAUGUUAGGUCUUCUGCAAUCAGAUCUGAGCAGGCAGGGAGUGCCUACCUCCUCUAAGGGAAACUGUUCCGCCUGUCAGAAACCAGUUGUAGGACAGGUUGUAACAGCUCUGGGACGGGUUUGGCAUCCAGAGCACUUUGUUUGCUCUGAGUGUGAGUGUGAGCUUGGCAAUUGUAAUUUCUUUGAGAAAGAUGGUCGACCAUAUUGUGAGCCUGACUACUUCACCCUGUACUCACCUCACUGCGCACAAUGCAACAAGCCCAUACUCAAUAAAAUGGUGACUGCGCUGGAUAAAAACUGGCAUCCAGAAUGCUUUAGCUGUGUGAAAUGCAGCUCAGCAUUUGGAGAUGAAGGAUUUCAUGACCGUGAGGGGAAGCAGUACUGCCAGAAGUGUUUUCUGGCCCUCUUUGCCUCUCGUUGUCAGGGUUGUUCCCAGCCCAUCAUGGAGAAUUACAUCUCAGCUCUAAGUGCUCUGUGGCAUCCACAAUGCUUUGUUUGUAGGGAAUGCUAUAGCCCAUUUGUGAAUGGGAGUUUCUUUGAGCAUGAGGGGCAACCCUUGUGUGAAGCUCACUAUCACCAGUCCCGAGGAAGCAUGUGCCAGGCAUGCCAGCAACCCAUCCUGGGGCGCUGUGUCACUGCAAUGGGUGCCAAGUUUCAUCCACAACAUCUGGUGUGCCACUUCUGCCUGAAACCCCUCAGCAAAGGCUGCUUUAAAGAGCAGGACAACAAACCAUACUGCCACCCCUGCUUCAUCAAACUCUUUGGGUGAUGAGAGUGAGGAAAGAUUAUAAAGCAGAUUACUCAACUGCCAUCCAAAAGCUUUUCAUAAAAAAAAAAAAAAAUUGCCAAAUAUACAUUGUAUGGCUUAAAGUACUGUAUGUGGACACACCCUUCUAAUUAACAGAUAUAACUAUUAAAUCUUCUUAAUCUUGAAAGGUGCAGUAUGCAGGAUUUUUCCCCAAAAAAUGAAGUAUAGACAUAAAGUAUAGUAUCAUACAAAAAUAAUCUCUUUAAAUCAUUGCUUGUGAUCCACUAGUGUGUGGUGGUGUUUGUGCAUUUCUGUGCUGCAAUCUUUUUGCCAGCUGAUACCAUGUCAGGGGUAUUGAGGAGCAUUCUGGUCAUGUUGAGCUUACUUGCAAGGAAGGGGCAAGUUUGAAUAUUAUAGUUAAGCAAGAACUGAAAAUCCUGCAUAGUUCACCUUAAAUGCUAUACUAUGCAAUGUUCUACAAAGGUGCUGUGAUUUGUUGCCUUUUAGAACAAAAUUAGGCUGUCUGUAAGGUCAGCUUUUGAUGUUGGUUAAUGGGGUCUGGUUUGCAGUUUGCAUUCACGUUCAUCCCAAACUCAACAGGGUUCAGGUUUAGCCAGUGAUCAGGUCACUGUUUUAGCUUUAACAUUGAAAAAACAAAAGGGGUAAUCAAACCUGAUAAUUAUAAGGGGGUGAGUUUUUUGCAUACUUUUGGCCUGUUUUUGUGCAGUGCCGGGGAAGGUCUAGGAAUGGUUUGAAAAGCCUGGAUUACAAAAAUAAAAUACACUUUAUCCAUAUUAUAAUAACAAGUUUAAUAAUAAUUUUAGUUAUCAAAACAACAACUUUGCGUAAAUAAAGGUAUAAGUAUUGUAUAUAUAAAUAUGAUAUACAUAUUUGGUGCAAUGCUCUGUUUGAAAGAUUAAGUUAUUGUUUAUAAGGCCACUUGUUCAUCAGAAAUACCAAAUAUAUUUUUGGAAUUCUUGUUGCAUUAAAUUAUACACCGUAUUGUAUGUUGUUAACAGGGCUUGAAAUUAAGGUGGGCAACACCAUCAGUUCAAUAACCAAUUUGAAGGGUUCUGAUUAUAUUUUAUAACUUUGCAAGCCCAUUCUGUAAGAGGAGACUCCAAAAUUAGCACAACAAGGAAUAAUGCUCCGGUGCAGUAAAAGGGUAAAAGGAAAGCAGUUUGAAAUUUGAAGGAAAAUAGAAAAGGGAAACAAGGAAAGCGAUUUAAAAUAUAAAAUGCAUAUCCAAAAUAGACCCACAAAAUAUAGACUUUAUAAUUACAUUUUUCUUCAUUUGUUUCUUUAUAACUUUGAGUUAGUCUGAUUUUCACCUGUCAUCUCCACUUUUGAGCAGAGUGGAAAAUUAUGUACCUAAACUUAAAUCUUCACACUUUAUGAAUGCUUUGCACUACAGACCUAAUAACGGUCAUUUUUAAAAGAAGAAACAGUUUUGGAGUUUGCAGUAUACCAAACGAUAUAACUGAAAUGAAAUCAACAUUAUAGAAAUCACCUUAAAAAUUAAAGCUAAUAAUGCUUUCUUUAUUUUUUGCAAUAUUGCAGUGUUAUAUUAUUUAUCCACGUACGUCAUCAUAUAAAAUAAUAAUAAUAAAUUCAUGUUUCAUGUGAUGACGUGUACAGCAAUGCAAGGGCUAAUAAGAGAAAGGAGUUUGUAUACCAAAAGAGAAAGUGACAGAAGUAACAGAAAGUCACAUUUGCUGUCUUUGACUAGGUUCACAAAACAAUGUUUAUGCUACAGUGUCAAUUUCUAAAACAACUUUUAGUCUAUUUGCCUAUAAAUAGCUUGGAGAAGUUAAAACCAUUUAACCUUAUCUUAUAUGAAUACGUGUCAUUAUGUCUUACGUCAGAAUUGCUGAACUUUUGUAAUGUUAUUUUAAAACAAUUGUUUUCAACGUCACAACAACAGCAGAAAGAAAGCUAAUUACCUGUUCAUAAGAGAUAUUUUUGGAUGUCUGUCUGAUAGUUUUGAUAUCUCUAGUGACAUUCUCACCGAUAAGGCUAUCACCUGUAACCAUGAGCACAGUGGUGGAAAACUGUUCUUUAGAGAACCACCAGAUGGUGGCAUUUAUGAUAUACUCCAUAUUGUAAAUAAAAAACGUACAUCUAGAAUUAGUGAAAAACAAUAAUUUGCUAAAAUAAAAACAAAGUGUAAUUGGCAAAGAAAGAUGAAAGGCAUUGUGAAUAAAGAAUAAACAGGAAGUUAUUAGUGCUGAAAAACUAAUUAAUAAUAUACACACAAUUAAUUGUCAUUGAACACUCUUAAAAAAGUGUUAUACUGUCAUGUACUUGCUCAGUAGAAUAUGAUAUCAACCAUCUGUUUUUUUACACAUUGGCUUUAUACUGCAGCUUGAUGUCACAUUAUAUUAUUAUUAUUAUUAUUAUUAUUUUUACAUAUUACAAGUAUUGUUUUUGUAAAGCUAUAUAUUGUGAUUUUACUGUAUCACUUACCAAAGAACCAAAUAGUAAAAUAUGCGUGUAUGCGUGACUGAUUAUGUUAACUGUACAAUAUUCCCAAAGAAAAUAAAUUUCUUUAUUCAUCAA